GUAGCCAGUAGAUUUGCUUCCCUCCACCCUCUCUCCGAAGUCUGUGUCAUAGCAUGCCGCUGUGUAAACAUCUCUAAAAAAACAUUGCUAUUCCACUUCCAGCAUUAGUGCACAUUCGCCACAAUAAUUCCUACGAAUUAUUGUUUUUAGCUCUGUGUAGCUGCACUGUUAUCAUUAGUAGGGACCAGACUGGGAUAUAGUCUUUUUUUAACGUAUGCUUACAGAUGGUUCCCCCAGAUCAGAGCCUGCAAGCAUGUGCACUAUCUGGGGACUUCCGUCGCCUGCACCGCCAAGGUUCUUGGUCGGGAACAACUUCCGCGGCUUGCAGCUCAUGCCGCAGCUGCGAGAUGGGGGCAACCGGCAGGCCGAGGCACUGGAGUUACUAGCCGCAAACACCAGGCGGCAGGGCCAGGCAUCAUUGGAAAGCUGCGCCAGGUUCAACUUCUCGGUGACGCGGUCCACAAAUUGCAAGGCGUUGGUACCCUCGCCCGGGCCCUCACUGCAGCGGAAGCCACCUGCACAGUGAUUUGUAAAGACUAGUUGUACAUAUAUGUAGAUUUAUUUUUGUUCACACCACGAGUUGUGAUACGCUGGUUUGCUUCAAUGGUGCCCUGCAAUU